UUGGCCCUCACGAAUAGCCGUAGGCAAAGCGUCCUGGCAACGGGGGGAUGGAACUACACUUUAAUUUAGCAAGCCGGUUAUCUCCACAACGGAGAACAAUACGUUACCGGUUAUAUAGUCUUAAGUUAUAAUAUUUAUGUUUGUUAACUUGAGAAUUUAAAAAAUUAUAGUUAUCGUAUAAAGCGGGAUGGCUAUCAACAACCCAUCGGUGUUUCUGUUGAUGAUAAACGGACAGAUAGAGGGGGCGAAUUUUCCAGAGUAUGAUGACCUGUACUGUAAAUACUGCUUCGUCUACGGACACGACUGGGCUCCCACCUCGGGUCUAGAGGAGGGAAUAUCUCAAAUUACAUCUAAAGGCAGAGACUCUCCUCAGAGAAUGAUCUGGAACUUUCCUCUGGAGAUCACCUUCAAGAGCACCAACCCAUUAGGCUGGCCUCAGAUCGUGGUGAGUGUCUACGGUCCUGAUACGUUUGGUAACGAUGUGGUCAGAGGAUACGGAGCCACACACAUCCCCUUCACUCCUGGACAACACACCAGAACCAUCCCAAUGUUUGUUCCUGAAUCCACAUCAAGACUACAGAAAUUUACAAGUUGGCUGCUGGGUCGACGUCCAGAGUUCACAGAUCCUAAAGUAGUGGCCCAGGGAGAGGGCAGAGAAGUGACCAGGGUCCGUUCCCAGGGUUUCGUCUCCCUGUCCUUCCACAUCGUGACUAAAGACAUGAAGAGACUGGGUUACGACACCACACCUUCCGAGACCGAGCGUACUCUGUCACACACUGCUGCCGCAGGCAUCGGACCGGGAGACCAGCCCUACAGCACGUGAUGGACACACACACAGGGACCAGAGACUAAACUACCUCCCUAACCCCUGUGUGUGUGUGGUCCAAUCAGAAGCAGCUGGACACUGUAGGUGUUACAGCACGUGAUGGACACACACACAGGGACCAGAGACUAAACCACCUCCCUAACCCCUGUGUGUGUGUGGUCCCAUCAGGACACUGUAGGUGUUACAGCACGUGAUGGACACACACACAAGGACCAAAGACUAAACCACCUUCCUAACCUCUGUGUGUGUGGUCCAAUCAGAAGCAGCUGGAUACUGUAGGUGUUUAGUGAUGUCUGGUCUCUAGCCUGACUGAUCCACUCUAUAAUAAGGCUGGUUUAAAGACAUCAGACUGAUCCCCUCUAUAAUAAGGCUGGUUUAAAGACAUCAGGCUGAUCCCCUCUAUAAUAAGGCUGGUUUAAAGACAUCAGACUGAUCUAGGACCUGCUGAUUCCCUCUAUAAUAAAGCUGGUUUAAAGACAUCAGACUGAUCCCCUCUAUAAUAAAGCUGGUUUAAAGACAUCAGGCUGAUCUAGGACCUGCUGAUCCCCUCUACAAUAAAGCUGGUUUAAAGACAUCAGACUGAUCUAGGACCUGCUGAUUCCCUCUAUAAUAAAGCUGGUUUAAAGACAUCAGACUGAUCCCCUCUAUAAUAAGGCUGGUUUAAAGACAUCAGACUGAUCCCCUCUAUAAUAAGGCUGGUUUAAAGACAUCAGACUGAUCCCCUCUAUAAUAAGGCUGGUUUAAAGACAUCAGACUGAUCCCUUCUAUAAUAAGGCUGGUUUAAAGACAGCAGGCUGAUCCCCUCUAUAAUAAGGCUGGUUUAAAGACAUCAGGCUGAUCCCCUCUAUAAUAAGGCUGGUUUAAAGACAUCAGGCUGAUCCCCUCUAUAAUAAGGCUGGUUUAAAGACAUCUGACUGAUCUAGGACCUGCUGAUCCCCUCUAUAAUAAGGCUGGUUUAAAGACAUCAGACUGAUCUAGGACCUGCUGAUCCCCUCUAUAAUAAGGCUGGUUUAAAGACAUCAGGCUGAUCCCCUCUAUAAUAAGGCUGGUUUAAAGACAUCAGGCUGAUCUAGGACCUGCUGAUCCCCUCUACAAUAAAGCUGGUUUAAAGACAUCAGACUGAUCCCCUCUAUAAUAAGGCUGGUUUAAAGACAUCAGAUUGAUCCCCUCUAUAAUAAGGCUGGUUUAAAGACAUCAGACUGAUCCCCUCUAUAAUAAGGCUGGUUUAAAGACAUCAGACUGAUCUAGGACCUGCUGAUCCCCUCUAUAAUAAGGCUGGUUUAAAGACAUCAGACUGAUCCCCUCUAUAAUAAGGCUGGUUUAAAGACAUCAGACUGAUCCCCUCUAUAAUAAGGCUGGUUUAAAGACAUCAGACUGAUCCCCUCUAUAAUAAGGCUGGUUUAAAGACAUCAGACUGAUCCCCUCUAUAAUAAGGCUGGUUUAAAGACAUCAGAUUGAUCCCCUCUAUAAUAAGGCUGGUUUAAAGACAUCAGACUGAUCCCCUCUAUAAUAAGGCUGGUUUAAAGACAUCAGACUGAUCUAGAACCUGCUGAUCCCCUCUAUAAUAAGGCUGGUUUAAAGACAUCAGACUGAUCCCCUCUAUAAUAAGGCUGGUUUAAAGACAUCAGACUGAUCCCCUCUAUAAUAAGGCUGGUUUAAAGACAUCAGACUGAUCCCCUCUAUAAUAAGGCUGGUUUAAAGACAUCAGGCUGAUCUAGGAACUGCUGAUCCGUUAGUAUGACGGGGUGUGGCUUCGUGACAAUGAUCACCGAUUGGACAGCCCUCACCUCCAGAAAAUAAACAUCCUAGCCUAUAGCCUGUGCCGGUUACCGCUUGUUCUGAUGUGUUCUGUGUUUGUAAUGUUGACGGAUAAUAAAACGUACUGUGUCUCAUAACAA